AUGUUGGGAAGGCGGAGCCAGACCAGCAGCCAAGCUUCCUCCCUGGACCAAGAGGUGCCGUGCGAGAGGCAAGACAGUGGCCCCAGCCAGUGCAGCAGCCGCGACUCUGCACCAAGUCCCGGGCACAGCAUGGAAUCUGGGGCAUCUGUUACGGACCUGCACAUGGAAGCGAUGAUACCAACUCUGGCAGAACGCGUUGCCAAGAUGGAUGUUGUAAAUCCAGAGGUCUUGAGGGUGACACCAGUGUUUCGCGCCUUGGAACGUUUUGCUGUGGCAUUGCGUGUCGACUCUGCCGGGGAUUUUUUCCACAAGAGCCACCGGAGCCAACAAAUCUCAACAUUUUGGAGUCACUCUUGGCACGGAGGGCAUUGGAAGAAGAUUUUGACAAUUGUAACUCUCUACAACGGCACUGCUGCAGUAGUGUUGUCUUUGCUCACCGGGGCGUGCAUGAUGAUGCUCUUUAGUGUGGGAAACCUUCCUGGAAUUGACCGUGGAUGGUGGGAUGACAGUUUUCUGUGGUCUUGUUGGUCAACAUUUUCAGGGUUCGUCGUCGCAUGUCUUGCCAUGAUGUUCUGGCGGCCACGGACCGGCGUUUUCCUUGACCGUAUAUGUAUCAGCCAAAACGAUGCUCGCCUGAAGACGGAGGCCAUUUUCAGCCUGGCUGGGCUCUUGAAAAAUUCCGACAGAAUGCUCAUUCUGUGGGACCCAACAUGGACUGAACGGUUGUGGUGCUUGUUCGAGCUUGCUGCCUUCCUGAAAAGCAAGACGUCACGACAGCAGCACCUUAUCGUCAGGCCCAUUUUCAUGGGACCUCUUACCAUCGCAGUCUAUCUUACCUUUGCUGCCUUUGCAAUGCCCAUCGCAACGGUACCUGUGGACACCGAAAGAACCAUCUUGCAGAUGCUGUCGGCCAUUGUCCUAUGCAUGCUUGUGGUUGCAGUCCCGACUGCGAGCACCAUCCGAAGCUAUUUUCGAGACUUGGACACCAUGAAGCUGCAGCUGUCUUCGAUCUCUGUUGAUUCUACGAGGAGUUCAUGCUGUGAUUUAAAUCAUCUGAGCUCUUCGGGUGAACGUAUGCUUUGCGACCGUAAGAUCGUGAAAGAGUGUGUGAAGACUUGGUUUGGCAGCGAGCUAGCUUUCGAGGACACGGUGCGCACCGAGGUUUCAGACAUUUUGAACCGUGAUCUCACCCAGAAGGUGUUCAGUACUCCAUGGGCUUUAGGAGUGUCUUCUCCAGUCAUUCUGGCCUUUAUGGAUCUCUCUGCCAGCUGGACUCAACCCCCCAAUAUUUGGGCGCUCUGGGAUCAUCCUGCUCUGUGCCUUCUCGCUGAAGGGCUGCUGACUUGGUUCCUAGUCCCAGCGAACAAGGAUCUCCUGAUACUUUUGCUCAGGCUUGGUCGCCGGAGACCCAGGAGUCCUUUUCUUGAGCUCCUUAAGAACCUAUCGGUGUUGUCAGCAGCAGCUAUCCCUGUCCUUGUAUUGAUCGCAGCUUAUGGCUUCACUCGUUUCACAGAUCAGGUCUUUUUCGAGCUUACUACUUCAAGUGCCUUUUUUCGACUAGUGAGCUAUGCAUGCUGCACGCUGCUUAUAGCACUGUGCAACUACUUCCUAGGACUUGGCCUGAAGGCGUUGUUACGCCGGCCUGGUUGGUAG